UAUUUAAAAAAAGUACUAGAAAACUUAUAUACAAAAAUAGUUUACCACUAAAACUCAAUGAUGACCAACAAAAUUAUUAUAAAUAUUGUUUGUUUGCUGUUUGUUUUAAUUGUUAGCUUAGACACGGCUCAUAUUGUAGAUGAUACUGAUGAUGUCAAUGAUGAUAUUAUCGAGAAACGGGAUGCUAUGGUAUUAGCACCGGUAGCCAGCAAUACGUUAAUCGAUCCGAAUCAGGUAUUCUAUAAUGCGCUCAAUCAACUACUUGAGCCAUUGAUGAAAGCACUGGGAUUGCCAGGCCAUGGUCUACAGCUAGUGAAACUAGUUUGGCCAGUCUUACGGUUUCUGGCGAUGGCCUGGGAUAGUGUUUUGCGGGCCAUCACUGGCGGCGGUGGCGGUGGUAGUGUCACUACUAAGGCUACCGUCAUCACCACUGAUGAUGGUAUCACUGAUGACGGUAUCACUGAUACCGAUGUUACCGAUGAUGUCGACCUAAACACCAGUACUACUGAUGAUGAAACCAAUUGA